AUGGCCGAAACACCCACCGAGACUCCAACAGCGACACAGAAGCGCCCACUCGAGGAGCCAUCUUCACCCUCGGGACCGAACGACCAGCCGGAUGCCAAGCGCCCUGCUCUCGACAAGAUCCUCAAGGAGGACAUCGCAGAUGCGACCGAGGCUCCCAGCGAGCCAGUACAUGAAGAAACUGCGGAGGUUGACAACACCGAAGCUGCAGGAACCAAGGCAGACGGAGACGAUGCGACCGUGCCCACGACAGAGGCUGAUGUCACGGACAAGCAAGGUGACACCGUCGUACCAGAUGCACCCACAAACGCCUCGCAGCUUGACAACAGUCUGCCAUCGCAGCAUGCUGUAGCAGCACUUCCAACGAAUGGCACCACAGAAGAUCGCCAGUCGUCGCAAGCUCCCAUGCCUUACCACCACCAGGAUGAGUCCUCGUGGCUCCACGUACGCGCCAUCAUCUCUAGCGCGGAAGCCGCGACCGUCAUUGGUAAGGGCGGCGAGAAUGUCACUCAGAUCCGUCGCAUGGCUGGCGCAAAGUGCACCGUGAGCGAGUACACUCGCGGUGCAGUGGAACGCGUCCUCACUGUCAGCGGUCUGGUGGACGCUGUUGCCAAGGCAUUCGGUCUGAUCAUUCGCACUCUCAACCAAGAACCCCUCGACCAGCCCUCCACUCCCCAGUCCAAGACCUACCCACUCCGCCUCCUCAUCCCACACAUCCUCAUCGGCUCCAUCAUUGGCAAGCAGGGCGUGCGCAUUCGCGAGAUCCAAGAGGCAUCUGGUGCACGCCUCAAUGCAUCCGAAUCAUGCCUUCCACUCUCUACCGAGCGCUCGCUUGUCGUCCUUGGUGUUGCAGACGCCGUACACAUAGCUACUUACUACGUUGGUAGCACUCUAGUCGAACAGUUGACUGAUCGCUUUGGCGGCCCAGCAGCGUCAAACUAUGCUGGGAGACAUGGCGGGCCACAAGGUGUGGUUCCAGGCGGCAUGCAGGUCGUUCCAUACGUACCACAGCAUGCUGGUGGACAGAUGGGCCAUCCUGACUACAACCGCAACAAGCAACACCCGCAACCCCAGCGUACACCAGCGCCAGCAUACGGACAACCCUACAUGCAAGGACAGACUCCUCUGCCACCUCAGCAAGCACCCAUGGGCUACGGUGCUGGUUCACCACGCGCGCCAUACGUCGGAGCUGGCCCACAGCAGCCGCAACCAUACGGGCAUGCUGCACCACAGGCUCACGCUGGACCUCCGCAACAGCCGAUGCAGGGUAUGGUGCCCGGUCAACCGAUCACUCAGCAAAUCUUCAUCCCCAAUGACAUGGUCGGCGCAAUCAUCGGCAAAGGCGGUGCCAAGAUCAACGAGAUCCGCCAACUCAGUGGAAGCGUCAUCAAGAUCAACGAGCCCCAGGACAACAACAACGAGCGACUGGUCACCAUCACCGGAACCCAGGAAUGCAACCAAAUGGCGCUCUACAUGCUCUACUCGAGGCUGGGUGAGUCGAGCAAGAACUCCAACUCUAUCAUGCCCCGAUAG